CUGGCAACAUUGUUAUCUAUUUUUCGCGACGGCGACGUCCAUCUUUAUUGAUGUGUUCAGUGUUGUUUUGUUAAAUUAAGUAUGCAAAAAUAAUAUUAAUACUAAAUAAAAAGCACAGGUUAUUGACACUAUUCCAUUAAUUACGUAUGCCUAAAAAGUUUCACUUGCAAAUCGCAACUAGGUAUUGACCUAAGUGUUAAUUGGCCAACCUUCAAAUGUUUUCGUCUAAAAAUCUAACAUAACUCGUACAGUGCGACAUUACGCGUUUGUGCAUUUCCCUCGAUCGUUACUGUUGUCAAAACAGAUGAAUUGUGAAAAUGGAUAGACUAAAUCAGUUAAGGGGGGACGCCGGGGACUCGACGCUGGACACGUCGUCCCCGCCGAGCGAGGCCUUUAUGUCGGCGAACGAGAGCUCCUCGAAGUAUUUCUCGCUGUCAGAAGUCGACUCCACAUUCAGCAUAUCGCCUUCGAAGGACGGCGCGGUCGCCGCCGCCGAAUCUGACCGUACCAUCUCCGAGGAAACUGGAAUCGUUCCCAAUGUAUCGCCGAUCCCGAAAGCCGACAUAGAGACAUUCAAAAUCGGUAAACACAUUGAAGCGGCUAACAUUCUCUCUGGCGGAGUCAACAUAUUCGAUGACAACGAAAACUCCUAUGAUGGUAACGAGCUCGUCAUAGAUGACAACAUUGUGUUGGAAGAUGAAAAGGCAGAGGUGAAGUUGAGCGAGGAUGCAGCCAUUCCAUUAGAGAAGGACACAACCGAAGACUCGUUGAUAGAAAGCUUGGAGGAGGAAGAGGCCAUUCCGAGCAAAGACACUGAAGUUGUAUUACAAAUUGAUGGCAAGAAUGUAGAUGCGAUAGACAUCGGGAACCAGUUAUAUUUGUAUAGGAAGGCAGGGGAGAAGGAGCUCUCUGCUGUACAAAUUAUCGAGGAUGAACAGCAACAGCCCAGCUUUAAAUUUUUAAAAGUCCGAGAGAACACUGAAGGAAACUUGGAAGUGUAUGAGGAAAUACAAAUUGAAAUUCCUAAAGAAGUGCCUUCUGAAGAUGGUGCUUCUAAUGAAAAAACUCAUGUGCCUAUCAAUGACCUUAACAAAGUGAUAAAAGAGCCUUCAUGUAACAAAGUUGUUGAUAAAAUACAUAUGACACCAAAUAUUGAAUCAAAUUCUAUUAGUGCUCCUUUAGAACUAGUUGACACACAACCAGAAUCUAAAUCAGAUGUAAACUUAAAUGGAAAGAUGAAAUUUAAUGAAUCUCGUAAAUCUCCCUUAGCAUUCACUCCUGUUACAUAUCAUUCAACACCAAAUAAAGAGGGCAUUCCAUUGACUAAAAUCAUGGUAGAUCAACAAUUACAUCCCAGUAGGCAUUCAGACAAUGUAAAAAAAACAAUUGAAGUAAAUACUGAAAACAUUAAGGCGAAAAUUGUUGAAGCUUCUAUUAAAGCUACAGAUGUAAAUGAAUCUACUAAGACACAGAAACUUGACACACCAAUUGUAGAAGCAAAAGAAGGCAAUAGUCACAUGCCUAUUGUAAGUGAAGUAGUAAAUGAAGAUGUAGCGUGUGAUUCUUUAGUUGAAGUCAAAGAACAUAUUGAAACUACUGGUAAAGGUUCCACUGAAAGUACAUUUAUUUCUGAAAGUAAAGAAAAUGCCCUAAACAAUUCUGUAGAAGCUCCAGCUGAAGAAAAAGUUGCUGAUGAGAAAAAAACAGACGAUAAUUUAAAACACGAAGAAAUAAAAAACAAUCCAAUAACGUAUCAAAGUCUUCCAGUAAUAAAUACAGUUAAAGAAUCUUGUGAAUCAACCUCUAAUUCAGAGAAAGAGAAAGAUAAGCGAGGUGUAAAUGAAUUAUCUCCAGAAGUAAAGAAAAAUGUAGAUGAUAACAAUUUUCAAGAGUCUGAAAUUACAUCUAAUGAAAAGAAAAUCGAAGCAAGUGACUACAAAGACCACAUAGAUAAUAUACCCGUCAAUAAUAUUGUAACUUCAACUACAACUAUGGUAGAAAAUAAAGACGCACCCUUAAAUAAUGAAAAAACCAAUGUUGAGAAACAUGACGAAAUUUUACAUUUACAGUCAAAUGAUAAUGCAGAUACAACACAUUUGAUAGACUCUUCUUUGCCCAAGACUACUUCUUUAACUGACUUAAAAGAAAAUGUAGAAACCCCAAAUGAAUAUAAAAUUAAAAAGGACGUGGUAGAACACAAUGAAAAAGAAACUGAUGUUGUUAACCUAAAUACUAAGAACAGUGUUAAUGAAGUGGGUCAAUGUGAAAUAUUUAAAAAUAGAAUAGACAGCUCUAACAUUUGCUCGAAGAUAGACACAAACAUUACGAAAGAAUGUGAUAAACCAGUUGUGAACAUAAUCAACAAAGAUAAUCAUGAUUCUAAAUCAAUAAAUCCAGAAAUUUCAACUAUUAACAAUAGCAGCUAUUUAAGUACAGAGUCAAAAAUUCUAAAUGAUACUCAUACAAAAGAUAUAACAGAGAAAGUCAAAGAUGAUUCCAUUAAUAAAAAUGCAAAGCAGAAUGAAUUAGGUUUAGCGCUGACACAGAAAGGUAAUCUUGGCCAAAAAGCAAUGACCAAAUCUGAAAUUGAAUCAUACAAUAUUACCAGUAAAGACCACUCAAGUAAACUAAACGCGGCGAAAACAAUAUUUCCUAAACAGCUUAAACCGGUUCAAGUGAAAAAAGUGACUCCGAAAACAACAGAAGAAGAAAAUAAUGAUGUUCCGUUUGGUAAAUGGACUGAAGUAAACAGACAACGGUUUUUAAAUCAAAUGAAGGAAACUAAAAUAUCAUCGAAUAGUUCAAACACCAAUCAGAUUAAACAAACUAAUGAUUUAAAUAGGCGAGAUGUGUUAAAAAAGUUUGACAGUAAAAGACAAUCAGCUGCUACUGCACCUACAAAGAUUUCCGAUUUUAGCUCCGUUCCUAAGUUUAGUAGUAAAAUGGAAACAGCGGCUUUUGUAAAUAAAGCUGCUAUUAAUCAUCAAAAUAAUCCCAUUAAACCUGUGGUGGCUUCAUCAAAGAAUUUGCCUGCGACUGUACAAGUUAAACCUAAACCAGCUCUUGUUCAAAAUGUUGCAGACGAACCAACAAAGGAAUCUUCAGAACAAAGAAUAAUUAUCAAUAGCCAAGAGUUGAUCAACAAUACUAUUGAAGGUAUUAUCACCAGAGCAUUAAAAAUCAAAACGACCACACCGGUUCACAUGAAAGAAAAAAUGACAAUUCAUACAGCUGAAAAUCCAAAAGAUGCAAUGCCGUUGCCUGGUUCUUUAGAUGAUAUUGAGAUGAAAAUGAAUGAGCUUCACGGCUUCUCAUUUUCGGAACGAUCAUCUCAAGAAUAUUCUCAAGCUGCUAACCUUGAUAGUAAACCAUCUAAGUCUGAAGAUACUAGUGUUAAUAAAAAUAACAAAAUUCCAAAUCUUCUUCCGUUUAAAAAUAAGGAUCAAGAAAAAGCUACGAAAGAUACUUUGCGAGAUGACAGUUCGGACGAAGAAAUCAUAGAACAUGUCCCUAUUACUGGUGAUAUUGAUGUCAGUAAACAGAGUUUAAUUUCGCUAUUGUCUUGCAAAGAAACUUUUAAUGAACCUAAAAUGGAUACAAUAAUUACAGAAAAAGAUUUUGAUAAAUUUGCUAGAAGGAAUUCAAUAACUUAUGAAAAUUGUUUGACUGUUAAAUUUGAUAGCAAAGAAAAACACAACGUUGUUCAAACUGUCGUACAAAAGGAACCACCUACAAAAAAAUUAUCUCGAAAUGAAUUAAUGCUUGCCGAAUCUAAAGCUAAAUCUUCUAAUAAGCACUCUACAGCUCGGCAUCAAACAAGUAAAAUACCAACAUCAAAAUCAAAGAGUGAUGAAGAUGCUUACACUAAAAACCAUCAUUCUAAAGUACAAAUAGCAUAUCAAUCCGCAUUGACAGCUAAACGUAACUUAGAAUGUCCCAUGACGAUGAUAGAGGAUAAGCCUGUAAAAGUUGUAUUUAUGGACACAAAUACGGAAUAUACUCCGUUACAGUUAAAUGUCCAAGGACAAGAAUUAUCACCAUCCAAGAAACAGGAACCUGAUCUUGAUGUACAUAGUGCUUCAGAGUCCAUGGAUUCAGACAUUUUAGAUCUAGAUACGAAGUCCCAAGAUGGAAAGUCUAAAAGUAAACAUCAAAGAAAACAGGUUCUUACGCCGGUGGAACUAGAACCAGAAUUACAGUUGAUUGAAUCUGAGCUGGGAUUUAAAGUUUCACCCACGAAAAAACGUAAAACUGAAGAAAAAUCGGAUAAAAAUACGAAAAAUCUAGUACCAAAGAAAUCGUAUUUACUUAAUCGUAGUGUUGUUGAUGAUCAAAUAUCUACAUCAAACCAACCAAAAACUGAAACUUUUACUGGUCAUAACAUAAACACUGCAAUAGAUAGUUUAGUUAAAGCCGCGGAAUUGAUUGAAAAUCAGUCUGAGAGUCAUUGUGCAAGAAUAAGCAGUCCCACUACCGAGACGCUUCAAAGUAUUCCUGUCAAAAGGGGCCGAGGCCGUCCAAGAAAAUAUCCUUUACCUGCUCCACGAGCGGUCACAAAAAAACCUUCGAGCCCUCAAAAGAAACCGCGAUUAAUUGAUGCUAAACCCCCAAAAUAUUAUAGUGAUUCCGAUGAAAGCAGUGAUGGAGAAAUCGUUAGAGUAAAUUGGACAAUGGGUAAAAUCAAUGAGAAUAUCGUUUGUCCAAUUUGUAGUAAACUAUUUAGAUCAGAAGAUGUAUUAUUCAAACAUGUGAAGCAUUGUACAGGCCCUUCGCCUAACAGAUCUGAUUCCGAUAAAAGAAGUCCAAGAAGACUUAGAGAUUCACAAGAAUCUGGACGAAAAUUACAUGACAGCAGAUCUGAAGAAACAGAUAACACGACAGAUACGGAGGAAGAGAAUGAUAAUGAAGGCGAAAAAACAAAAAAAUAUGGUGUCUCCAAACCAAGGAAUGACGAUUUAGAAGUUAUUGUGAUUGAAGAUACGCCAGUUAAACAAAAACCUAUUGAAAACAAAAAAGUAUCGCGCAAAUCUAAACUUUUACACAACACAAAUCUUGUUUGUGAAUUUUGUGGAAAAGCUUUCAGACAAUUGUCAUAUUUAGUUAACCACAAAUUGCAACACAAAAAUGAAGAUCGAAAGGAUGUCAACAGCCUUGAAAGUGAAACUACAAAAAGCUCAGUUUUUAGCUGUGAGAUUUGUAAAAAGGAAUUCCGUAAAUUGCACCAUUUAGUGCAGCAUCGUCUUAUCCAUAAUCCGAGUUCGACGGCUUCUCGGUCGCUAAGAAAGACAUCUUCUGAAGUAUCUGAAACCAAAAGUUCGAAAAUACAUAAUGAUGAUACUAGUGCCGGCUUUAGAUGUGAACCGUGUGACAAAUCGUUCAGGAAACUGCAUCAUCUUGUUGAACACAGAGAAACUCAUGAUGGUAUCAAUAAAAAAGGCAACACCACCAUCUCGCAAAGCACGACUGAAACUUCUAAAGCUGUUAUGGCGCACUAUUGCGACAUUUGCAAAAAAGUCUUCAAAAAACUACAAGAUCUUUUGGAACAUAAGGAACAACAUUACGAGACUAGUUCUGAGAAGUCGGAUGAUAAGAGUGUGAAAAGCUCGCUAUCGACUAAAGAUAUAAUACACGAAUGUUCACUAUGCUACAUGGUGUUUCCAAAUGAACAUUCAUUGACCAAACACACUGUAAUUUGCUUGAGAAAGAAAAGACAAUCUGCUGCGAAGCAAGCAGCCAAGCAUGCCGACUCUAAAUUAGACAACGAAACACCCGAAGUGCAAAACAUUAAAUCUGAAGAAGACGUGGUGGCACAAGAUGUUCAACUAGUAAAUGAUACUCUUGAAACUGAAGAACCAAUGGUGAAACAAAUAUCCGAAAAUAAUGAUAAACUAGAACAAGUAGAAAAACAACCGAAAGAUAUUGAUAAUAAAGAUAAUAAACAACAAGAAAGAGAUUUAGAAAAUACAAACAAAGAUGAGAAACCAACCGGUGAUGUCGUGCCCAAAAAGAGACACAGUACUGCAAGUGAGAAAACAAAAACAGACGACAUUGAGACACCUGCCAAAAUCAAGAAAGUAGAUGUCAAAGAAGGUGUGAUAAACGUGGACACACCCUCGCCUAAAAAGAAGACAAACAAGGACAAAUCAACUGUAGUUUUCACAAAGAAUCACAAAACUAACAACAAUCCUUUGCCUGUCACUGAUAGUGUAAAACCACUGGAAUCAAGCGAUGAUGAAGAAAUAAGAUACAUGCUCAAUCCAAACUACAAGAAAGAGGAAAGUGCUGAAAGUAAAUAUUUCAUGAAGAUUAGCGCAUUGAAACGUAAUUCAUUACAAAUUGAGCGACCUAGCUCAAAAGAAUUUUUAAAGCGCAGGAUUUCGCUGCAAAAUCCACCGAAAAUGCCGCGCCUGAAGGCGACACCUAUUGAAAGAAAACCAACUCAAGACCAAGCGAAAUCUAAAGUUACGGCUGAAAAAAGGUUAACGCUUAUAACUGAGCAGACAACAGAUUCAGAUGAUAGUGACGUAAAAUAUUCUUUCCCGAUUCCCGAAAAAGAAAAAUCCGUUGAAAGGAAAAUUAAAAGACAAUCGGUAGGCGCAAAACGUAAAUCACUUGUUGGUAUUGCGAAGAGAAAAUCACUUGGGAAAGCUGUGACACCCAAAGCAAAACCAAAAAAACGCACAACUGAAAUCGAGCACCGGUGCGACUGUGGCCAACUGUUUAGCAGCGCAGCGUUGUUGUCGCGGCACACCACCCUGGCGCACACCCCGCCCAGAAUACGCAGGCGACGGUCGCCCCCACCCGAGGAGGUUAACACUAAACCUACAGUCGCCAAACACACAAUCACCAAACCCACGAUCACCAAGCCUACAGUCACCAAACCCACGGUCACAAAACCAAUAAACACCAAACCAACAAACACCAAAACUAUAAACACUAAACCAAUAAACAAAAAAUCCAAAUUAGACGUUACCAGCUCGAAUAAAUCCUUAGGUGUAGCAACCAGAAAAUCUAGUGUAAGCAAUGUAAGUAACAAUGAAAUGAAUACUGAUUCUGGUAAGCAAGUAAAGAGUGAUAGUUUUAAAACAUUGAGGAGUGCUAAAUCAGUGCCCGGUUUUGAUAAGAUCAAAAAGAAAUAAAUUUAUUACUAAAAAUAAAGGUUUUAAUGAAGGACUUAUAAGGACGCUUCGUAAAUUCAAAAUACAGACUUAACUAUUGUACGCUAUUAAACGUUUUGUUAGUGUCUAGGUAAAAAUAUUGUUGUGGCUAAUUUAAAAACUGAAUAAACUUAAUUCUUUAUAUUAACUAUAUCUAUUGAAAUUCUGCCAAUUUAGGUUCUUUACUAUCAAACUUCAUAUUUGUUUAAAAGAGUUAAAUUAUACAUAUCUACUUUUCUUACAUCUUGGUACUUAUUUGAAAUUUGUAUCAGUAUUUUGUUAGUUUAUAUUACAGUCUUAUUAUCUCUAUUUUCUGAUAUUCUCUAGAAAGAAAAAAAAACUUACAUACAAAUUUUUAUUAUAGACACUUACAUGUAAAUCGUAAACGUUUUCUAAAGUCAGUGCCCGAGAAGACUAACUCUCAUAUUCAAGUUAGUUGGGUAAUGUUCCACCUGUCAGAGGAUAUCACAUUAUCUGUCUAUUUAUCUAAUAGGAUAGUUGACUAAUAUCAAAUUUAAUAUAAAACAAUAUUAAUUUCGUAUAGUACAUGAAAUAAGGGUUAGAAAAAUAUCAAUAUCAAUUAUCAAUUUGGUUGAUAAUGUCUCUCUGUUUGAUAUAGGAUUAGUUAAUGUGACGUCAUGAAACAGUUGAAAUAUAGACCAUGGCCAACAGCAUCAAAUUUAUAUUUGAAAAGCGUCUCAAAAACAUAUGAUAAUUAAUUUUUCAAACUAUUAGAAUGAUAUUGAUCAAUUUAAGACCAUUUAAAAAAGUGUCAACUAGCCUAUUGCUAGAGCUUACAGCAUUCGAAUGUACUGGAAAGAUUUUAGUACAUAAUAUUAAUGUUUGAAUAUGAGAGUAGGGCUGUAAGCAGAGUUAUUUAUAAAUACAUUCUGACAACGCGAAGCGCUCACAAGAAGUAACACACGGACCACUGUUCAUAUAAUAUAAUAUACCUAUAUUUUUCCUAUUCGGCAUGUUAAGAGUCAAAUAUGUGAAAAUCAAAAUGACAAAAUAUUUUUAUCGCGGUUUGUGGCGUCAGUCUUGUCUAUAAUAUAAUAAUAAAUGAUAAUAAUGUACAUUUGCGAAAAAAAAAUAUAUUUUGUAAUGAUGGUGCUAAUUUGGUUAUACAUGAAACAAAUUUGACAGGCCUUUAAAAAUCAUUAUGUAAUUUUUACAGUCGUGUCAAAUGUUAGUUAAUGUUUUGUGUACAAUCUAGAAUUACCACCAAUAAUAGUUUUAUAUUUUGUCAAUUUGUUCUAGAUGUUAGAUAUAAUAUUAUUGAUUAAUGUAAAUGUAAAAGAGUAAUAAUUAUUUAUAUAUUUUCAAUUAGUUUUAAGGAUUUAAUUUUUACUAUCAUAAGUCAGCAUGGUGCAAUUUCAAUAACAGUUUAACUGGCUUUUUAUUAGAAACACUGUGUUUUGGUCGUGAGGUAACGUUUAUGGACUAAAUUUAUAAAUUGCUAAUAUAAAAUUGGAUUUAUAUGAAUCGUACAAUCAAUUUUCAAGUAACAGACUUAGGAAAUAAAUAGAUUGAGGUGUUUUUAGUUCCUCAUAAUAUAAUUAUAUAGCUUUUGAUUGAAAGUAAAUUUUGCAAGUGUGAUAACUUUCUGAUGCGACUAAAGUAUUCCAAUAUAUUCUUUCCUUUUGUCUGUUUGCAAACUGUGAAUAUUAUUUAACUGUGUUUAUACAAAUAUUGAAUUUUAUUUUAUGUACCUUUUAAAUGUCAAACAUAUUGGCAACAGCCAAAGCCAGGAGUGCCAAGCCUUAACAAUGGUCUCCACUAAGUUGUUUUGUCUGAAACUUGCGGACUGAGCAAGUUUACAAGUUUAUAGACAGUCGUGACAUUUGCUGAUCGAUAAUGCCAUUGAUUAAUGCUUAUUUUACUUGAAAACAGAUUGAUAAUGUCAUUGAUUAAUGCUUAUUUUACUUGAAAACAGAUUGAUAAUGUCAUUGAUUAAUGCUUAUUUUACUUGAAAACAAAUUGAUAAUGUCACUGAUUAAUGCUUAUUUUACUUGAAAACAGAUUGAUAAUGUCAUUGAUUAAUGCUUAUUUUACUUGAAAACAGAUUGAUAAUGUCAUUGAUUAAUGCUUAUUUUACUUGAAAACAAAUUGAUAAUGUCACUGAUUAAUGCUUAUUUUACUUGAAAACAGAUCAAUAAUGUCAUUGAUUAAUGCUUAUUUUACUUGAAAACAGAUUGAUAAUGUCAUUGAUUAAUGCUUAUUUUACUUGAAAACAAAUUGAUAAUGUCACUGAUUAAUGCUUAUUUUACUUGAAAAAAGAUCAAUAAUGUCCUUGAUUAAUGCUUAUUUUACUUGAAAACAGAUUGAUAAUGUCAUUGAUUAAUGCUUAUUUUACUUGAAAACAAAUUGAUAAUGUCACUGAUUAAUGCUUAUUUUACUUGAAAACAGAUCAAUAAUGUCAUUGAUUAAUGCUUAUUUUACUUGAAAACAGAUUGAUAAUGUGAUUUAUUAAUGCUUAUGUUACUUAAAAACAGAGUAGAUAUAUUCCACAGCUUCCUUCAUUUGAAUAACAGCACACCCCUUAUGUUGACAAUGUCGAGCACAAUUUUAAUUACCUGACUAUUUAUGAAUGAGGUCUUGCGAAUUAUCACAACUUUUCAAAAAAAUAUAAUGUGUGUAAUAGGGCAGGACAUUUGCUUCUUAUUGCGUUAUCUCUUUUGUCUGUAAGAAUUGAGUAGUUUGCUUGUGUCGUUGAUUUUUGCUAAAUAAUUAUAUUUUAUUAAUAGUGUUAGUAGUAUUUAGUAUUUCACCAGUCCUGAAAGAUAUGGAUAAUCAAGAAACCAGGAUUGCAUCUCAGUGCCACCUAAAAAAAAACAUUGAUUUCCUCCAUCUUCAUUCUCUAUAGGAGAGUAUUUUUGGUACUUUUUCAUUCCAUUUAUUAUUCAAUUGAUUUUUUUUAAAUUUUCAAUUUCAUAAUAUUGUUGGCACUAGAAAUUGUGCAAUGGUUUUGUUGAAUAUGAAUUAGUUUGAUGCAAUUACAGUAAAUUUUAUAGAGUUAACAUUAUGAUUAAAUCAAACUCUUCUCUUUCAGGAUUAAAUUAAGGAGAAAUUACAGGAAUUUCCUGUAAUUUCUGUUUCUAAGAAUAUUUUUGUAGACUAAUCUCUAAAAUUAAUUGACUAAACUAUUAAAUAUGUAAAUUUUAGGGAUUUGCCAACAAUUGCACUAAAAUUAACUUGUGUAUAUUUAAUUGGUCAAUUUAGUUUAGAGAUUAAUACAAAUAAAUCGGCACUAUUGACUUAUAAUACCUUCACAAAAAAAUCUCUAUAUAAAAAAGAUAGUACAGUAUUUCAAUUAAAUUGGUGUCUUUAAACAAGUGGUCAGGGUAAAUUGCACACAUAAAAUAAUAUAGACAUAUCGAAUGGUUUCUUUUUUUUGUAGUUUGGGUGGAGUUAUGCAAGCGAAAUCCAAUUUAGAUUUCACAUACUUGCAGAUAAUAAAGACAACAAUAUAUAGUAAAUCAUUAUCGACCUCUUAAUAAAAAGUGGAUGCACAAUCGGCGAUCAAAAAACGUCCUCAUACAAUGAGUGCCAAACACAACUUCUUGGCACUCAAUUCAAGUAGUCGCAUUUGCAAAUUCAACCUUAAACUCAAUACUUAAGGUGGAAUUUGCUCUGAAUUUUGGAUUUUAUUGGACUAUAUUUAAAGGCCUUUAGGUAAAAUUUUCUUUACCAAUAACUGUAAAACUGCCAAAGGAAAAUUGGCCAGUUUUUAAGUGACGUUUUCUACAUGAUUGUGCGUCCUUUUAUUAUAAGAGGUCAAUGUAAAUCAUAUACAUAUACAUAUGUAUAUCACUACUGUAGGUAUGAGCACUUGUAUCAUUGUUUUUUUCAGUGAACAUUUCUGAAGACUGGCUCUUCAGAAAUGUUCACUUAGCGCAACACUAAGCCUAGAUCUUCAGAAAUACAGUCCAUCUAUUUCCAUUCGAUAAUCAAUGUUUAAGCAUUUUUUGACAAUGUUACAUUUCAUCAGGAGAGUAGAAUUGUCGUUUUGUUUGUUUGCAUAAACCCAUCCAAUUUACUUAAAAUAUUUGUAAAAUGUUUAUUGUUAAUAAUAAUUUGAGAAUAUUACCAUGAGCUUAUAACAUCAUAGUGAAUCGAUUUUUUGAGGAAUUGUAAAUUUGCUAAAGCGGUUUAUAUGAAGCUAUUAUAGCUACCCCACAAAAUGAUUGUUGUAGUGCUUUGUAGUAAUGUUUUUUUAAUGUAAUGUUAGCAUAGUAUGUAUGUACCAUAAUAUAUAAUUGAACUGAACACAAAAUAGUAGCGCUCUUCUGUAACAAUGUUUUUUUUUAGUUUCUAAUUCUUCUUUAGCUCUCUCCAUCUAUAGAAUUGUGUUAGAGUUAGACACAGAGAAAUAGAGAUGAAUUCCAUGUUCACACUGUCGAAUUAUAAAAUAUCGCUACAGAAAAGCGUUCUGUUCUGAUUUUAGAUGGUUUCGAUUCAGAAAAAUCGGAACUAAAGUUGAUCACAUCUGUCAAUAUUUUUUAAAUUAAAAGAAAAAAAUCAUGAGAUAAAAAAGAUACAAUAGUAAUAAUGGUAGACUUAUUGCUGAAAACGUUCUCUACCAGUCAAUUUAGCCGAAAAAAGUAAUAGCUCUUACAUAUGUUCAUCCGAGAAGUUUAAUUGAUACUUUUGAAAUUAAUUAUAUAGGUUGUACUCGAUAAAUUAAAUUCAUUUGUUUUAUAAGCCAAUGUUUUCAAAGUUGUGUCGGUAAAAUAUGUAAACGCUAGAUUGUUAUUGAUAAAUUGAAUAUAAAUAAUACCUAUUUGUACGAGUAUGUUGAUCAAGACUAUUUUUUUUAUUAGUAUGUUUAUUUUAUUACAACAGUUUUCUAGUUAUAUAUUCAAUUUGUUUUAGUUUAUACUCGUAUUAAUUAUUAUCAGAAUCGAAACCAUCACCAAAGCCUCCAAUUUGGACGAUAUUUAAUAUUUAUACUACUUAUAUUAUAAUGGGAAAAAAAUGUAUUUUGAGAUAUAUGUCAUGAUACAACCGUUUUGAAUAAUAAAUAGUAAGGAAUAUUUCGUAAUAUGUGUAUACCAAGUAAUUUUAUGUCUACAAUCCUCUCAUUUUUUAGAAAACUAGGACCAAAUUUUAUGGAAAUUUGUUUGUAAUAAUAUAUAUCGCUGUUUUUAAUAUUAAUUAAUGUUUAUUCUGCCCUUGUGACUAAUAUUGGAAAAUAUAUACUGUGGAGCCAAUUGCACAACAAAUAUUUCAAAUUUAUUUGGCAAGAAAAUAGAUUUUCUAUUUUCUAGAUUGUAAAUUUAUAAAGAGAAUUAUUUAUAAGGCUCUUUCUGCGUUUUUAUGUUUUUUUAACACAAUUGGUACCACAAGGGGUCAGCACAGGGCAAAGAAUAUUUUUUACUUAUGUAAUUAUUUUCCAAUUACUUAAUAUUUUUCGAAUAUUUUUUUUUAGAUCUGUGAAUAACAAUCAAUCACAUUAAUGAGUAAUAAUGAGUGAGGAACAUUCUUAUACUUGGUACUUUAUUUGAAUUGGUUAUGUAUUAUAUUUCGAAAAUCGCUAACCCCCGCGACUUCGUACGCGUGAAAAUCGAUGUAAACUUUAAACCCCUAUUUCACGCCCUUGUAUUUUAUUAUAUUUUCACGUAGGUAUUUUAUAAAUACCUAAUAAAUAGUUCACUAAUCUUUAAAAAAAUAUAACUCAAAACAUGAACAAUUUAGGUAGGUAUAUUAAAAAAUCUUCAAUCCCUUUUUAAUUAUUACAUUAUUUUUAGUAUUUUUUUUUGGUAGAACAAAUACCAAUUUUUACAAACGUAACUUGAAGAUUAAGAACUUUCCAUACAGACUAUCAAAGCCCUUUCACACCCUUCUUACUUAACUUUCGCGACAAAAAAUAUGCUAUAGCCUUCUUUGUGAUAUGGUCUCAAGGCGUGCCAAGUUUCGUUUGAAUUCAUUCUCUAGUUUCAGCGUGAUGCUCGGUCAACAUAAAAUACGGAUAGACAGACAAAAAAUAAAUAAAAACCGUUUUUGGCUUCUUCAUCUUCUUCACUCUACGCACUCAAUUAAGUUUUUCAAAUUAUAUUCAAUGUACAGAAUUUGAGAAUUACAGUUUUAAUUUAAGUAAUAAGUAUAGAUUUUUAAAUUGAUCAAGCAUGCUCUUGUUCUGUGCUGGCCCUUAUUAGAUGAAUAAGUAGAUGUCUCGUAAAAUAGCAUUUAACAUAAAUUUUAUAUAAAUAAUAGAUCUUAAUAUAAUAAAAUUAUUUUUAAUAUGACACAAUUUCAAUAUGGGUUACAAUCAAAUAAAACAUUGCUGUUUAUUUUCAUACUUAGCUGUUAAAAAUGUGUUUAAUUAAAAAUAUUAUGUGUUUUUUAAUUUGUAGCAAAUGACAAUAAAAUUACAUACAGAACAA